AUCCUGAAUACAUUAUUUGGAAUUAUGAUCACUGCCUUGAAGCUUUCAAAGCAGUUGAAAAUAAUGCACGUAAAAAUCCAGACGUAGAAUUUGAAAAUUAUCAUGGGUUCAAUGGCUUGCUUUACGUACAAGAUCCAGCAGUUGACGAAUUUGAUGUUUCUAAAGAUGUUUUUAAAAUCGCAAGAACAUUUGGCAUUCCUUAUAAUAAAGAUUUCAAUGGCGCUAAACAAAAUGGAGUAGGAAGAUACCAACUUACGAUGAAAGAUGGAAAGCGCUUUACAUUGGCUGAUGGUUAUUUGAAAGAUGCAUUGAAAAAAGUUAUAGUUUAUCCUUCAAAACCAUUUAUUAAAGGACAUCCUCAUGCAUCAGGCGAUGAUAAUGUUGGCAAGUUUGUCGGAGUUAAUGUUAAAUGCUUUACUCACGUGUUAAAUAUUAUUUGGAAGGAAGAUGAAAAUGUUGCAAUUGGCGUGAGAUAUUCUUAUAGUGGUAGAGAUCGUAAUUGUUAUAUUGCUCCAAAAGGUGAAGUUAUUAUUUGUGGUGGUGCUAUUAAUAGUCCGCAGAUUUUAAUGCUCUCUGGAAUUGGGCCAAAAAAAAAUCUAGAAGAUAAUAAUGUCAAAGUUCGUAAAGAAUUACCAGUUGGACGUAAUUUACGGGAUCAUCCUUAUUGUAUCAUUACUGCCACAGUUUCUGUUCCGGGUAGUACAACUGGUUCUAUAUUGAAUUAUUCAAGUUUUGGAGUAGAUUUUGUAUCUUUUUAUAAAGGAAACAUUGAAGGAAAGAUUCCUAGUCAAGAAGAAUUUAAUGAUGAACGUCCUGACAUUCAACAAUAUUCGGGAGCAGCCUUAUUUGACAACGGCAUUCUUGAUGAGCAUCCAACAGAUCAAAAAGAAUUUUAUUCCAUGUUAACGACUCUUAAUAUUCCAUCAAGUGUUGGUCAUUUGGAAUUACGUAGCUCUGAUCCAUUUGCACACCCAAAAAUAUUUCUUAAUUAUUAUGAUAAACCCGAAGACUUGUAUAGAAUGAUGAGUAGUCUUAAGUUAUCACGUAAAAUACUUGAACAACCUCCAUUAAGUACUUAUUGGGGUGUAAAAGUAAUUGGAUUAGAUGAGGUGAAUGAUGAUAAAGAAUGGGAAAAAUACAUUCGUAAAAGG